AAACAUUAUAAAAAAAAUGGAGUAAUAAGAUGCUUCAUCAAAUGCAUAAAAUAACUUGACUGGAUUGGUCACAGUGCAUGGAGGGAAUGAAUAAAACAAAUUACUACAUAAAAUGAGUGAUUAAAGCAGUCCUAUGAAGACAGACAUUCAGAUAAAUUGUAAUAAGGAGCUUUAUACAGAAGAAGAAAUGAGGAACUUUACAAAAAGGGGAAUAAUCUCAUUAAUAGGAGGUGUAAUUUUACAUUUAGAAUUGGGAACAUUUUAUGUUUGGGGAUCAAUUAGUAAUAAAUAAAAAUAAUAAUUUUUUCAGGUCCUUAUGUAGCAGCAUGGAUGAGAGAAAAAGAUAAAGGAGUGACACUAAAUUUCAUGGCAAUAAUAUUUCCAAUCUUGGGAGUAAUAACAAUGUCAGUCCUUUCAUUUGGUAUAAAGAUUGCUGAAAAAAUUGGAUUUAAGAUUACAAUAGGAAUAGGAUCUUUUACAAUAGCACUAGCUUUCUUGAUUAUAUCUUUUAUAUAAGAAAUAGGAGGAUUUAUAGCAGUUUAUUGUAUAAUGGUUGGCAUUUCUGGAGGUUUAUUGUAUAUGCUUCCAAUAAUUUGUGGAUGGAGAUACUUUCCAAAUAGAAGAGGAUUAGUAUCAGGAAUGACAAUUGGUGGAUAUGGAUUUGGAUCAUUUAUAUUCAAUUUUGUAUGUAAAGCGAUAGCAAAUCCAAAUAAUUUAAAGCCUACUGUAAUAGAAGUAGAAGAUGGAAAAGAUGUGAAAUACUUUGACAAUGAAGUAGGAGAUAAAGUGCCAUUAAUGUUACAAGUUCUUGCAGCAAGUUAUCUAGGAUUGGGCAUUAUAGCUACAAUUAUGAUUAGAUUCCCAUAAGAAAUAGACCCUGAUAAAAUGUUAGCUACAUUAGAAGCAGAAGAAAUAAAAAAAAGAAAAGAAGGUGCUGCUGCUCCUCCUCCUCCAGUUUUACCUGCUCAUAAAGAAUGUGUUGAAGUGUAAGAUAUAAUAUUUAUUAUUUAGUUCUCGAGGAAUGAAACAUCCAUCUUUUGUAAUUCUAUAAUUAAUUGUUUUGAUGUCUUGCACUUUUGGUAUGUUAAUAUCUAAUUGCUACAAAUAUUAUGGAUUAGAAUUGGGAAUUGAUGAUGCUACAUUAACAGCUACAGGUUCUGUUGCAGGAGUAAUGAAUGGAUCAUCUAGAUUCUUUUGGGCUACUUUAACAGAUAAGACUUCAUAUAAAUUUACAUUUACACUCAUAUCAAUUCUUAAUCUAAUUACAACUGCUAUUUUACCAUACAAUACAGAUGGAAUAGGCUAUCUCUUAUUGAUUGCUGUUGUCUAUCUUGCAGAAGGAGGAUUAUUGGCUACUUAUCCAGUUAUUUGUGCAAAAAUCUAUGGAAAGAAGAUUGGAGGUCUAAUGUAUGGAUUUAUGUUUUUCUUUGUUGGUGUAUCAAAUAUGAUUGGAUACAUCUUAUAUGCUUUUGCUAGAAAAAAAAUUAAAUGGGAAGGAGUUUUUUGGAUUUGUUUUGCAUUAAAUGUUAUUGGAAUAAUUUUGGGUCUCAUUCUUAAAGAAGUUGGAUAUGAUUGGAGAGAUCAAUCAGUCAUUGAUGCAGAAAAAGAAAAAGAGAGAGAACUCUAAAAUAAAGGAUAAUUAGCUGCAUUCUAAAAUUGAAUUAGUAUUAUUUUUUUUUGGUUUCUUUUUAUUUAAGAC